AUGGGGAUUGAGCGGAGGCGAUCUUCACUGACUUGCUUGAAGGUCCGCCCCUCACUGAUGGCGACUAGUUUCACGUGGACCUUUUCCACCAUCUUCACCGAGACGAGCGAGGCCCUGCUGCGGCGCGAGCGCGAGCGCCUGCUACGGCUCGCGCUGAACCUCGCCUCCGCGCUGCCCGCGGACGGAAAUCCGUCGAGCUUCGGACCCGUUCCGGCGGAAGAGAGCAACGUAAAAGGAUACUGGUAUAAGGUUUACUGCCGCAACCAGGAGAGCUUGUUGCUACUCAAGCUCCUUCUUCUGAGGGAGUCCGACACGACGCUCACCGUCGGGCCGUUGAACGCGGACCCAAUCGUCAUCUACAGUGCCGCAUAUGGGGAGGGAACCGGGCGCGGCGCAAAGGCCAGCCUGUUUGUGUAUACGCACCUGUGGGUAAAUGACACGGCGCGGUUCUUCUGUCUCGGGUACAUGCAAGGCAGCGCGAUGGAGCUCAUCGUCCAACAGCGCCCCACUACGUGGCACGCCGUGGGCGAGAGCAGCGGGCGCAUGUGCGCGACCUGCAACCCGCGGCAGCCGCUCGCGGACGCGCGCGCGGAGCAGCUCAAGCCGACGUACGAGGGAUCCCCCUCGAAUUCGCGCACGAUCCCCAUGUACUGCGACGGCAGACUGACGGACGUCAAGCACUACAACUUCGGCACUGACGUGGCGCUGUCCGCGAUGUCCGGGAGCGCCACGUUGCGGCGCCUCUUCGCGCGCGCGCGCGUGGAGAACCUGACGGCGACCAGCCAGGUCGCGAUGCGGCUUGGCGACGUCGCCGCGCUGCUCCACCUGACGGUGAAGCCGCACCACGGCGUGCUGGGCGAGGGUGACAUCGUCACGGAUGACGAUGGUUACGUCAUCCUGUACCGGUUGCCAGCCCCGAUCGACGGGAUGCUGCGGCCCGUGGAAUCGGUAGAGGGGCGCCGGGUGCUGAUUAUGCAGAAUGAGGCGGCCAAGAAAAUAAGCGUCUGGACGGGGAACCGGGUGCAGGUAGCAAGGCCUUCGUCAAUAAGCUAUGACACGGACUUCUUCCUGGCGAUGAAGACGCUUUCGAUGUUUGGGGCCUAGGGGAACUUCGUUACCGUCGGUCGGGUCAGGUUCGCAGCGUGGCGUACGAUCUUCACGUUUAAGGAUCAAGCUGCCAAGCGCCGAGCCAGAGACACGUGACAGCAUUAAUUACCCGUGAAAGAAAACACGUCCGUCUCUUACUUUUACUUUGCCUAGUAAGAUAAGUGGCUUUUGCACAGGUCUCGAUUGAUCUGGAAAGAUGACGGCUUGUAAGUACCCGCACUCGGACAGACCUUGCAUCGGCUAUACGUUACCGAUCUUCAUUAAAAUCUCGCGGUUAGGGCCUGCAGUAGAAGUAGCGCGACAUGCUUUACGCAGUUCUUGUACAGCUGAAUCCGGAUGCCUUGCACAAUACGAGGUUAGUACCAUCAAAUAACCAGCACACAGGCAAGAGGCUAGGCCUCUCAACUUUUCAACUUUUGUAUGUAGUAGCUUUUGAAUGUAUUUUUCAAGCAACGAUACCUUUCCCUCGACAUUUUUGGCCCUGGCAGAUUGUACCUCAGUAAAGUCGACCCGCUGAUCCAAACUUCAAAUCACGUCGCGUGCAACAGUCCGAUACCGAGGAUCCGCCGAGCAUCUAGUACCGCAGUGCUGACCCGGUUCCAAC